AUGGCGGCAGCCGAUACAACAGUGGAGAGACGCUUUACGCCUUUCAUUGUGGCACACAAGUCAAAGAUCUUGCCUCUACUGGGGGAUGAGAAAAUCGCAGAUAAGCUUGAAGAAGAAGUCAUUGAUGAGGACAUCCAUCAGUAUGAAAGACUCCAUAAUCAGCCAGCAGGUAUUAAUGCUCGACUCAAGCCUCAUCAGCUUGAUGGGGUUUCGUUUCUCUCUUGGCUUCGGAAGAAUAAUGCCCAUGGUAUUCUCGCCGAUGAGAUGGGCCUGGGGAAAACCCUUCAAAUUCUCUCUUUCUUCCAACUCAUCAAGAACAAUGGAAACGAUGAUCGUCGACCCUUCAUCGUAGUCUGUCCAAUGAGCGUCCUCGCAAAUUGGCAGAUGGAGAUAGAAAAUUGGACCAGUCUCAAAGCCAUAAAAUGGUACGGAAACUACGAAAAAAGAAAGUUUGAGGCACAAAUGGUCAAAAACCAAGACUUUGAUAUCGUCCUUACUACGUAUGAAACUGUUGUUACGGACAGUUAUAGGUUCUCCCGUAUGGGGCCAUGGGAAGUGGUUGUCCUAGAUGAAGGGCACCGCAUCAAGAACUUUAUAACAAAGUUAUCCACAAGUGUGAAAAGGCUAAAGACUAGACAGCGAGUCAUUCUUACGGGUACCCCGAUUCAGAAUGAUCUUUCUGAGGUCUGGUCGUUAUGCCAAUGGCUUUAUCCGGAGAUUUUUGUCAAGGAGACGCUACAGCAUUGGAAGGAAGCCUUCUCACUUUCAGAUGGGAGUAUCGAUACUCUAUUUCUCGAAGAUAUUAGAGAGUUUCUUGGAGUCAUCAUGCUUCGACGAUUGAAGCAGUCGACAUCAGCAGGACAAGAAAUCCCGGCGAAAAAGGAGAUCAUUCUUCAUCUGCCCUUGACUCAAGAGCAGAAAGCACUCUAUCUGGACGUUAUCACUGGACGGAGUGACUUUGUCAAAGCUUCUACCUAUGAGAAUGGCAGCUAUUCAAUGGAGACGCCACCACCGAGUCCAAGCAGUGAGAGUUUCAAUCAGUCCCAACCCACAAGCCAAAAAAUAUCAGAGAAGGGAUCAGGACGGUCAGUGACGAACGUACUCAUGGAACUCAGAAAAAUAUGUGUUCAUCCUCUUCUCGUGGAUACCAUGGAAAGGGGAAAUGACGACGCUGACGUGAUGAUCCGAGAAUUAGUCCACACCUCGUCCAAAUUCAUUGCACUAGAGAGACUCCUUGAUCAUGAAGUUAUCCAAAACAACAAGAAAAUGUUGAUCUUCGCAGGCUUCGACUAUGCAUUGGAUUGCUGCCAGUCACUCUUACACGCCAUGAACAUCUCCCAUCUUCGACUGGAUGGCAACACACCUUACGCUAUGCGGAAGUUGAAUGUUCAUCGCUUUCAGAAACAAGAUAAACAUCGGGUAUUUGUCAUUGCGAUGAGGGCUGGGGGGGAGGGUAUUACUCUUACCUCAGCAGAAGUUAUUGUUUUCAUGGAUUUCGACUGGAACCCGUCGAUCAUGGCCCAGGCAGAAGCCAGGGCGCAUCGAAUCGGACAGACCAAAGCUGUGACGGUUGUGAAACUAUGCACUCGGGGUACAGUCGAGUCGCAGAUGCUUGAGCGCCUGAAUAAUAAAUUAUAUCUGGCUUCGAAGGUUGUUACAGAUGUUGCUGCUGCUGCUGUAAGCUCCGAGUUGUCCGUGGGGGAUUCUUUGGAAUCCGAUGACAUAUUCAUUCGUCGUUUGAUAUCUCACCGUUGCGAUUCAGUAACUGUGGAUUCAUUCAGUGCCGAUGAUUUGAUUGAGAUGAACUGGGACGAAAUUGUGAAUUACUUCCAACAUACAAAUGAUGUUGAGGAUUACGAGCCUAUGUCGCCUGUCAGCUCUCCGCCUUCUCCAGGUGCAGAUUCAUUCAAUGAGCAGGAAAAACAUUGGUUAUCGCAGAGUACAAGCAUCAAAACUGGUAUGUUCAACGGAACGGUAUUUCAGCGUCCUCGGGCGCAAUUAAAAGAUAGCCUUCCAGAAAACACGGAUCCCUCGAAAAGACGCUUGGAAAAAAAUCGAACAGUAUAUGACCCAGAGAUUGACUACUUUAUUGACAAAGAAUCGACUAUGUGUAAUUACGGCCAGGCUGGGCCUACAUUGACAAAAGGCUUCACUUCGACAGUCAACGCGGUUGGGAGGAUUGAGUUCAAGCACCUUAAGUCAUGUCUGAUCUGUGGGAAGACACGCAACUUGGAGGAGUGCACUUACUGUCCUCGAGCAUAUCACGAAGGAUGCGCGAACCAGGAAAGAAACGCUUCCAAAAAGAACCCUUUCAAUAACAAAGUUUGCCCACAUCAUCGUUGCAGAAAAUGUGGUCUGACAGCCAACAACGCUGGAGGUCUGCUUUUGGCUUGCACCAAGUGUCCAGGCGCUUACUGUAUCGAUUGUGUUGACUUAGAUGCUAUCAAGUCAAUAGGCCACAACAUUCUGGAAUUCGAAGCCAUAGGGUACGAGUCGCCACGAUACAUCCACCACAUCACAUGCGGAGAUUGCUUGGAAAAGGGGCAAAAGAGCGAGCGCAAAAGAACCGUGAAUCCCAGUGACUCUCGGGUAUUUCGAAGUAUGAAGCGCACUCGCGGAUUUGACUUUGAGUAG